AUGGCCCCAGAGGUCCUGGAGGGGGCCAUCAGCUUCCAGAGAGACUCCUUCCUGAGGAUAGACAUGUACGCUGUGGGGCUGAUGCUGUGGGAGCUCGCCUCCCGCUGCAAGGCUGCUGACGCUAGAAAAGCUGCCAGAGCUGCAGCUAUCUGCAGAUCUCUGCAGAUGGAGGUUGAGGACAGAGCCCAGCUCUGCUUUCCACAGUUCCCAAACACCUCCUGCAGGAAGCCCUUGGCUCCUUGGCCCCAAACAGUUACCAUUAUGUUCUACUCCACUCCACUCUCUGAUCACUAUGGCUCUCAACCUGCUCAUCAUCAUCUCAAUCUCCCACUUCAGUUUGGGUUGUUUUGUCAUUCUUGUUGGUGUAAUGGUGCUUUUCUCUUUCCCUCCAGGCAGCUCCACACACCCACCAACAUCCUCCUCCUCUCUCUGGCUGUCUCAGACUUUCUAGUGGGCCUCGUGCUGAUGCCUGGAGAUGUUCUCCAAAAAACAUCCUGCUGGUUUCUUGGUGACCUUGUGUGUGCUACGUACAAUAUUUUUUCAUGCAUCAUUCCCUCAGCCUCAAUAGGUGACAUGGUGCUCAUAUCAGUUGACCGUUAUGUGGCUAUUUGUGACCCUCUGCAUUACACCACCAGGAUCACUGUCAACAGAGUUAAACUCUGUGUUUGUCUGUGUUGGCUCUGUUCUGUUUCCUACAGCUUUCUCUUUGUGAAGGAUGAACUGACUCAACCGGGGAGGUUUAAUUCCUGCUAUGGAGAAUGUGUGUUGGUCGUUGACUUUGUCUUAGGAGGUGUAGAUGUUGUUUUGUCCCUUAUUGCUCCAGUUACUGUCAUCAUAGCUCUGUAUCUGAGAGUAUUUGUUGUGGCUGUGUCUCAGGCUCGUGCCAUGCGCUCUCACAUUACAGCUGUCACACUCCAGCUUUCAGUGACUCCAAAGGCAAAGAAAUCAGAGCUGAAAGCAGCCAGGAAUCUUGGUGUUCUUGUACUUGUGUUUCUAAUAUGUUUCUGCCCGUAUUACUCUGUCUCUCUUGCAGGUGACAACAGGGUUGAUGUUUCAUCUGCAUCCUAUGUUCUCUUUGUGUACUAUUCUAACUCUUGUCUAAACCCUGUGAUCUAUGCCUUCCUUUACCCUUGGUUUAGAAAAGCAGUUAAACUCAUUAUUACUCUUCAGAUCCUGCAGCCUGGCUCCUGUGAGACCAACAUACUGUAG